AUGGAUUUGCCUCCAAGCGAGGUCGAAGAUAUCAAUCUUUCCGACGAUGUCUGCCCUACGUGCUACAACCUCGACACAUCCUUGAUCGUCCAGCUCAAUCUCUAUGUGUAUCGAAACGAUGAGGAGAUAGAAGUGAAAGUGAGUCCAGAAUCACUUCAGUCCUCAGUAUGCAGGUGUGAAAGUUGCAGGGUGUUAUGGAAGGGCAUCACAAUCAACUUCGCGAAGAUUCGUAGAGAGCCUGGCAGAAUCGUCGAACUUCGCCUGAGGUUCUUUUCUGGGCGUGCACUUCGGGUGGUCGCGGUUAUGGAUCAGGAAGAUUGGGACGGAAUUUUUGACCUCGAAUUUUAUACCAUGGAAGAUGAGACUCCUGUAUGGUCGGCAUUCGGUAUUGGCAGUGAAGCUCCAGCAGUGUUAGAUGCCGACGUAUGCGUUCAAAACUUGAAGACAUGGCUUGGAACUUGUUUUGAGGACCACAGUGAUUGUCGCCAGGAAAGGCCUUUUCAUCCCCCUGGACGUCUUUUAGACCUUUCGUCUUUCUCGAGAGGUCAUAUCAGGCUUGUCAAUUCUUCCCAAAUGGAGGAGAUCAGGUAUGUUGCGCUCAGCCAUUGUUGGGGUGCAACUCAACCGAAAACCACUACCAGAGCAAACCUUCAUGAGCAUGGCGUCCAAAUACCCGUCCACGAUCUUCCAAAUACCUUUCGGGAAGCAGCCAUAAUUACAGUAGGACUUGACAUCAGAUAUCUGUGGAUAGAUUCCUUGUGCAUAGUUCAGGAUGACCUAGGCGACUGGGAAACAGAGUCAGCAAAGAUGGCUGCAGUAUAUGGCUUGUCAUACGUAACUAUCGCAGUACUUCACUCACCUGACAGUCAUGGCGGUUGCUUUCUGACAAGAUACUGGAGACAUCCCCUUUGGAGGUGGCCUGACGACGUACCUGUUCAAAAUGGAUCUAUACCCAUUACUACACAGCGCGGAGAUACAGUCUCUACGGUCAUGACUCGAGUUGCACUUACAAGCGCACAUGAGAACUUCUUUGGGCUGCCUGAAAUGGACGCCCCUCUACAAAAGCGAGCAUGGGCCUUACAAGAGCGCUUACUUGCACCGCGAACUCUCCUGAUAUACCCCGAGGAGCUUGUAUGGGAAUGCCGGACAACCGCAUCUUGCGAGUGCCGGGGACUGCACAUGGACAGAGACACUGGAUCCUCCAUUUACGCUCAGCAGAUCGGGGAAUUGAAAGCAAUGAUACAGCCUCGACAAAACCUGACAGUCACCGAAGCAGCCAGGAACUGGCUUCUAAUCAUCUCAGCUUAUUCCACUCUGCGACUGACAAAGUACAGCGACACCCUGCCUGCAUUGUCGGGCCUAGCGACACAUUUCUCCCAAUUCAUGAAAAGCGAAUACAUGGGUGGAUUGUGGAGUGGCGACUUUCCACGAUCUCUGCUCUGGCGGGGCAGGCAACAAAUGGAGUCUGCCGAUGAUAGCCUCCCCUCCUGGUCCUGGACAGCAGCACAUUCUGGACUGGUCUCGAUCGCUGGUAUAACUUACGAUAACUCUUUCUUGCAAGGAGACUUCGCUGCCGAUUGUAAUUUCAAUUUUGUCUCUUUUGCAAUGCCCUUGUCAUCUUUAUCAAGUUUCGCAAGCUGCCUCGGAGGAACACUAAGUGUUACCGGUGUAAUGGUCGAAAUAAGCAACCUUCUACACACCAAGCCGAGCAACAUCUUUCAGAGGAAGCCAGUUUAUGGGCGGAACGCAUACCUUUUCUCCAAUGAUUACCAUAUAGACGCUAUAGAAGCCGACGAAGUUUGGCAAUGCUUUCUUCUUGGGUCUACCAGGACAGAUUCCAGAACUCACUUUUUGGUGUUGAGACCCAGUGGUCAACCAGCAACAUACAGACGUGUUGGGGUGUUGAAUGUCGGCAGAAACAACGAGAGAGACGACUUGCUUGCUAGGGCAGAGAAAGUCACUAUCGACAUCAUUUGA